AUGGCCGGCCGCGCUGCCCACCUCCCGCCGCCGCCCACCCGCGACUCCCUAGAGCUCGCCUCGCUGGCCUCGUCCUCGCCCUCGCCCUCGCCCUCGCACCCCUCGCGACGCAGCUCCGAGGACUCGUCGGCCUCGGGCGCGCCUUCCUCGCGGAGGCUGUCGCUGGACGACGAGGAUCCCCUGUUCGAGUCGACGGAGCACGAGGGCAACCGGCCGCGACACAAUCGCUCCUACAGCGUGUCCUCGGCCUUCGACUUUGCGCCGAGCCUCUUCCCCCUCUCGAGCACCGCCCAGGGCUACACAGCGCUGGGUGCGCCGUCCAACCCCGCCCUCGACCCGACCAAUGCGCUCAACGGCGGCUCGCUGGAGAAGAACAAGAGCUUGACCUACCUGAACGGCCUGUCGCUCGUCAUUGGGCUGAUCAUAGGGAGCGGCAUCUUCUCUUCACCGUCGCAGGUGAACAAGAAUGCCGGGUCGCCUGGGGCGUCGUUGAUCGUCUGGGCGGUCGCUGGCGUGUUGGCGUGGACGGGUGCGGCCAGCUAUGCAGAGCUCGGAGGCGCCAUACCGCUGAACGGCGGCGCGCAAGUCUACCUCUCCAAGAUCUUCGGCGAAUGGGCAGGCUUCCUGUUUACCUGGUGCGCGGUGACAGUGCUCAAGCCCGGCUCGGCAGCCAUCAUCGCCAUCAUCUUCGGCGAGUACCUGGUCCGCGCAGCAAUCGGCGCAGAGGCAGUGGACGCCAGCGCAUGGCUCAACAAGGGCAUCGCAUUGGCCGGACUCGUGGUCGUCACCGCUUUGAACUGCGUAUCAACAAAGCUCGGCACCCGCAGCGCCGAUGUCUUCAUGUUCCUCAAGUUCCUCGCCCUCCUCGGCGUCUUCGUAAUCGGCAUCGUAGUCGCCGUAACGGGCCUCUCCUACCGCGGCGACGCAAACCAGGACUGGAAGCAGCAGGGCUGGUUCGACGACACCUCGCACAACAUCAGCAACUGGGCCGUCGCAUUGUACGCCGGCCUGUGGGCCUUUGACGGCUGGGACAACGUCAACUACGUAACCGCCGAAUUCAAAAACCCCUCCCGCGACCUGCCCCGCGUAAUCCACACCUCCCUCCCCCUCGUCAUCCUCUGCUACAUCCUCGCAAACAUAUCCUACUUCCUCGUGCUCCCCUCCCACGUCAUAGAAUCCUCAAACACCGUCGCCGUUGCCUUCGGCUCCCAAGUCUUCGGCCCCGUCGGCGCCCUGGUCCUCGCCCUCUUCGUCUCCGGAUCCUGCUUCGGCGCACUCAACGCUACCACGUUCACCUCGGGUCGCUUGGUAUACGCCGCUGGCAAGGAGGGAUAUCUGCCCGGCAUCUUCGGGUCCAUAGGGCUGGGCAAGAGCCACAGGGCUAUACGGCUCCACUCCUCAACCACAUCCCCAUCCAAGGUGCCGAAGAAGAUGGUAGACUGGUUUGCCGACCCAGACGCGGGCUUCUUCUUCACGCCUAUCAGUGCUAUGCUGCUCAACGCGGCUAUCACAGCAGUCUACAUCCUCAUCGGCAGCUUCGACACACUCGUCACCUUCUACGGCGUCGCUGGCUACACGUUCUAUUUCCAGACCGUUUUGGGCCUGAUCAUCUUACGCGUCCGCGAGCCCGACUUGGAACGCCCGUAUAAAACUUGGAUCACCACGCCUAUCAUCUUCUGCUGCGUCAGCUUAUUUCUGCUCAGUAGAGCGGUCUUUGCAGAACCGGUGCAAACGCUCCUCGUCAUUGCGUUCAUGGCAGUCGGACUGGUGGUGUGGUUUGCGUGGGUCGGGCGGCGGAGAGGGAAAGAGAGGCAGCGCUUUAGGAAUAUGGAGGGUAGGAGCGAGAAGGACGUUGGGUGGAUGUUUUGGAAGAGGUGGACGACGCGAGGAGGAUGA